AUGCUUCGCAGACUGCCUGUCGCACGAUUGACCGCUCGUGCAAUUGCUCCCAAGCGUAUCACUCCCGCCGCCGUCAGGACUUUCACCACCUCCUUCCCCGCCAUGUCCCAGGAACAAUUCCGUCGCGAGCGCGACACCUUCGGAGAGCUCCAGGUCCCUGCUGACCGCUACUGGGGUGCUCAGACUCAGCGUUCCCUCCAAAACUUCGACAUUGGAGGUCCCACUGAGCGCAUGCCUGCGCCUCUGAUCAAGGCUUUCGGUGUCUUGAAGAAGGCCGCUGCUACCGUCAACAUGGAGUACGGCUUGGACCCCAAGGUCGGUAACGCUAUCCGCGAUGCUGCCGAUGAGGUCAUCUCCGGAAAGCUCCUCGACCACUUCCCUCUCGUGGUCUGGCAGACUGGUUCCGGUACCCAGUCCAACAUGAACACCAACGAGGUCAUCUCCAACCGUGCCAUUGAGAUGCUCGGCGGUGAGCUCGGCUCCAAGAAGCCCGUUCACCCCAACGACCACGUCAACAUGUCCCAGUCCUCCAACGACACUUUCCCCACCGCCAUGCACGUCGCUGCGACCACUGAGAUUGUCAACUCCCUCAUCCCCUCCUUGAAGGGUCUUCACGAGGCUUUGGCUGCUAAGACUGAGGAAUGGAAGGACAUCAUCAAGAUCGGACGUACUCACUUGCAGGACGCUACCCCUCUUACCCUUGGCCAGGAGUUCUCCGGCUACGUUACCCAGAUCGAGUACGGCAUUGCCCGUGUCGAGGCUACCCUCCCCCGCCUUAAGCAGCUCGCUCAGGGUGGUACCGCCGUCGGUACUGGUUUGAACACCCGCAAGGGCUUCGACGAGAAGGUCGCUGCUGAGAUCGCCAAGGAGACCGGCAUUGACUUCGUCACCGCCCCCAACAAGUUCGAGGCCCUCGCUGCGCACGACGCCAUCGUCGAGGCUUCCGGCGCUUUGAACGUCCUCGCCUGUUCCCUCAUGAAGAUCGCCAAUGACAUCCGUUACCUCGGAUCCGGACCCCGUUGCGGUCUCGGUGAGUUGUCUCUCCCUGAGAACGAGCCCGGAUCUUCCAUCAUGCCCGGAAAGGUCAACCCCACCCAGUGUGAGGCCAUGACCAUGGUCUGUGCCCAGGUCAUUGGUAACAACACCGCCAUCUCCAUAUCCGGUGCUUCCGGUCAGUUCGAGCUUAACGUGUUCAAGCCCGUCUUGAUCCGCAACCUCCUCCAGUCCAUCCGUCUCUUGGCUGACGCUUCCCGAUCAUUCACCAAGAACUGCGUCGUCGGCAUCCAGGCCAACGAGUCCAACAUCGCCAAGAUCAUGAAGGAGUCCCUCAUGCUUGUCACUGCUUUGAACCCCCACAUUGGUUACGACAACGCUGCUGCGGCUGCCAAGAACGCCCACAAGAAGGGUAUCACUUUGAAGGAGUCUGCUUUGCAGUUGAACUUGUUGACUUCUGAGCAAUUCGACCAGUGGGUCAGGCCUGAGAACAUGAUCGGCCCCAAAUAA